UUGAAGAAUUUGAUACUGCGAUGAAACAUUUAAAUUUCAGUAUGGCAAUUGAUUUUGAAACACAGCGAAAGUUGGAUUACGAUGAUUUAAAAUUAAGUUUAAAUGAAAUGAAAGAGGUUGAUUUUGAAAUACAGCGAAAGUUGGAUUACGAUGAUUUAAAAUUUAGUUUAAAUGAAAUGAAAGAGAUUUUGAAAAUUUCUGAAGUAAUUUCAGAGGUUAAUAUAAUGAAGUCGCAGGACACUUCCGUAUUUAAGCAAAUAGACCCAAAAUAUUUAACUCCAUGUUCUAUGGGCCCAGAUGAACGAAAUUCUUCAUAUUUGUGUAAAAGAAUGUAUAAAUUUGAAGAAGUUGGUUGUAAAGGAUUUAAUAUCAAAGAUGAUCAAAAAAAGAAACAAAAACUUCAAAGACAUUUAGCAAUCUUGGAAAGAUUAAGUGAAUGUAGGUAUAUUCUUAAGUUUUAUGGAUUAUCCCACAUUGAAGGAAAAGAUGUUCAAGUGUUUCAAUGGGCAGAGCUUGGAUCCCUAAGAGACGUUUAUACUGCAAAUGAUAUUGGAUGGGUAACAAAAGUAUCUAUAGCUCGUGAUAUAUGUCGUGGCCUUGCCUUUCUUCAAUCUGUAGAUAUUUUACACCAAGACAUUCGUGGUGAAAAUAUUAUGGAUCCAAAAAUAAAAGAAAUUCAACAAACAUUUGAAUAUAUUAUGAAAACAACUUGGAAUGAUGAGCCUUAUCACCGAAUGGGUGUGGGUAAAUUAUAUGUGCAUCUAGAAUCUUUAGCUGAAAAAUAUGUUAAACCUGGUGACUUGCCCCGAAUAUAUAAUAAUAAUGAAAUAGAUUUUGAUGGAUCUAAAUUUUAUGACGACGGUGGUGACAUGGAUUUCAUCAAAAAGCAAAUGUCUGAAUUGAAUUUUAACAUUUGUGACGUUGAGAUAAAAGAGCCCACACCUCUUAGUGAAGGUUUAAAAAUUCAUCAAUCAAUAAAUAAAGAUCGUGAACUUGCUAUUAGAAAGUUGAAAUUGGCUACCUCUCUUGGAAACCCCAAUGCAAAAGCAUUGUUAAAAAAAGAGG